AUGGCAUUAAAAAUAAAUGGAGCAAUGAUUAUUAUUGUCUGCCAAUGUUUAUAUGUUUCGAGUGGACCAAAUCAUAUGGAUCUAAUAAAACCAAUCCAAACACUGGUGCAAAAGCCUAUGGACCUUCUGAAGUUAGCUGUUUCCUCGAACUAUGACGAAAAUAAACCAAAUGAUAUCUUCGACAUUUUCCGGGACAAAUAUCCAUUACCAAACAAUGUAAAGGCGCCAUAUUCUCAAUACGACUACAUUAUCAUUGGCGCAGGAUCAGCUGGCUGCGUCGUCGCGAACAGAUUAACCGAAAAUCCUAAUACUACAGUCCUUCUUCUUGAAGUAGGCAGACCAGAAUCACUUUUCACAGACUUGCCUUCAAUUGCCCCUUAUUUUCAGAGAACAGAAUAUUCGUGGCCAUAUUACAUGGAACCACAACCAGGUGUUUGUAUGGGUAUGAUAAAUAAGAAGUGUUACUGGCCAAGGGGUAGAGCGGUGGGGGGAUCUAGCGUGAUCAAUUAUAUGAUUUACACUAGAGGAAGACCACAAGACUGGAAUCGUAUCGCAGCUAAAGGAAAUUAUGGAUGGAGUUACGAUGAGGUUUUGGAGUAUUAUAAGAAAUCUGAACGAGCCAGUCUUUUAGGGCUAGAAGAUUCCCCAUAUCAUGGACGUAAAGGAGAAAUGAACAUAGAGUUUACGCCGACAACACCAUUAGCAGACGCAUUUCUCGAAGCUGGAAGAAUAUUAGGAAUACCGACUACUGAUUACAAUGCUCCAGAACAACUAGGUUUUGGUUAUGUACAAACAAACACAGACUCUGGAAGGCGAGUCAGCGCCGCAAAGGCUUUUUUGCAUAAUAUUAAAAAAAGAACCAAUUUGCAUAUUUUACCAUUAGCGAGAGCAACAAAGAUUCUUAUAAAUGAAGAUAAAGUCGCCUACGGAGUACAGUUCACAUGGCGUAAGCAAUUAUGGAAAAUUCGUACACGGGAAGAGGUUAUACUUUCAGCUGGUCCUAUAGCUUCUCCGCAACUGCUUAUGUUGUCAGGAAUUGGACCUCGAGACAACCUAGAAAGAGUUGGAGUACCAGUCGUACAAGACCUACCCGUAGGUCGAACUCUUUAUGAUCAUAUAACCUUUCCCGGACUAGUAUUUACUUUAAACACUUCAGCUAGUUUAAUAGAAAACCAAAUUACCUCAAACGCUCUAACGAAUUUAAUUGAAUGGAUUCAAUAUGGUAAUAAUGAGUUAGCUACUGCUGGAGCCGCGGAAGCUAUAGGUUAUAUCAAGACAAUUGAGUCGGAUGAUCCUGAAAAUGUUCCUGAUAUCGAACUCAUAAGCAUUGGUGGCUCUUUGGUAUCUGACGGUGGAGCAAGUGGUAGUAAGUCUGUACGAAGAGGAAUGAUGAUACAGGAAGAACUCUUUGACAAAGCUUACGGACCCAUCGAUGCCACUUAUACUUGGACUGCUUUUCCUAUGUUACUUCAUCCAAAAUCAGUUGGUUACUUAGAAUUAAAAGAUAAUAACCCAAAGAGUCCCCCACUCAUGUACGGUAAUUAUCUGACACAUCCUAAGGAUAUCAAAACAUUCGUGGCAUCCAUAAGAUUCAUCCAAACAUUAGCUGAAACAGAGGCAUUCCAACGGCUCGGAGCAAAAUUGCAUCCAGCCCAAUUUUCAACUUGUCCAGACCUCCUCUUGAAUUCAGAUGAAUAUUGGGAAUGUGGUGUGCGUACCCUCACAGCUACUCUUCACCAUCAGAUUGCAACAUGUCGCAUGGGCCCUGAAGGCGAUCCGCAAGCAGUAGUUGACCCCGAACUUCGAGUUUAUGGUAUACGUAGGUUACGUGUUGUGGAUUCUAGUAUAAUUCCUGAACCAAUAUCUUCGCAUACACACGCACCCGCGGUAAUGAUAGGCGAAAAAGCUUCAGAUAUGAUUAAAGCAAGCAGUACAAAUGUCUGGUAA